AUGCGUGAUGAUCGUGCUCGGUGGCGACGCGGUCCAAAUGACUCAUCUUCUGCCUACACACGCCACCGUCGUGAUGAGGAAACUGACGGUGGAACUCGUCGACGAUUUACUCGCGAGGAGCGCCGUUCGCGCCGCGUGCGACGUCUUAUACGAAAACUCAGUCUGACUGCAAACGGUUAUCAUUGUGAAUGGAGUCGAUACGAAUAUAUGGUCAGCGAUCACUGUGUAUGUGGAACAGGAUAA